AUGAGUGAAAUGGAAUCUCAUACACUCUCUUGGCAGAGUGUCAUGCGGGAGGCGGCGAGAAAAUCAUCUGAAUUGUUUACAACGAAAACAAUGCAUACAAUUAAUAGAAUAACAAGUAGUGAUAUGAAUAGAAACAGAAAUCCACAUCGUUAUUAUUAUGAUGAUGGUGUUGGACGUCCGUGUUUGUGGAAUCUUCGCGGUGUUGGGGCUUCUAGUGAAGGACUCACAGAAUUGCAGGAUAUCCUCACAUCAUCCUCAUAUUCUUCUUCUUCUACACUUCCUAGUUUAUCAAGAUCGGUAUUAACAUCAACUAGAAUUACGAGUGUAAAUGUCUCUGGUGGAUUAGGAUUGGGAGGUCCACGUGUUUCUCUCUUUGCCCCUUCACAAGUGGUGGGUAUUCGACUGCGUGAGUGUUUACAAAAAGCCGAGCGGCUUCUCUCUGUGAAUGCAUUUACGCAACACUUUGAACGGCAUGGUGUUUGUGCAGAUGAUAUGCGGGAGGCGGUUGUGCGAUUGUGGGAUACGGUAAAUGCUUAUACACCGCUAGAGGAAGAAGAAGAAGAAGAAGAGGAAGAAGAGGAGGAAUAUUGA